ACUGGGGGGGACUGACUUGGUGUCACUGACAUCCCCAGUGACACCAACACAGUGAUCAGAGCUAAUAAAAAGCACUGACACUGUACUAAUGGCACUGGGCAGGAAGGGGUUAACAUCUGGGGCGAUCAAAGGGUUAACUGUGUGCUGUGUUUGUGCUUCAACUGUAAUCACACUGCUUUGUAUGGCUGUGCUGUGCAGAGCCAUGCAAAGCAGUGUGCAGGAGCUGAAAGGGGAGAGAUCCGUAUUAUUUACAUACAUGCCCCCUACCCAGAAAUGCAAAAUC